CGAUCGCUCCGUCUCGCCAAAUCGCUCUUCCUCUCGCCAUGUCGAGUAUAUUCUCAUUCAGUGCGCAAUAGAGACGGACGUCUGUAGCCAUUUAGGCCUGCUCAGCAAAGGCGACACCGUCCUUUCUAACACGCUGCGGCCCUUGCGCCCUCUCGUCGAUAGCGUCGAACGUCGCUCGUUUUCUCUUCGACGCCCGUCAUCAUGGCUCAUCAUCAAGCGCGGACGAUGGCUAUGGAUCCGCCACAUAUCACCGAAUUUGCUUCUGAGCGUUACUUCGAAAAGUUAAGCCAGCUCAAUGCACACCAACAUCAGCGUCAACCUCCUCCGACUCGAGAUAAUCUUGAUGCUUCCACCUCGUCGCCUUCGAGAUUUAUUCUUCCUCUACGAGAAACGAAAACCGCCGAUGUUGAACCUCUAAGGCCCCUUGACCAGAAGCGUGAUAAGUCAAGGUUUUUCGGUCUUCGCUCAAAGGUCUCGAUCCUCCACUCUAAAUCGAGUGUCGCGUCUGGUCAUGCGCCUCGAGUUUCUGUUGAGACGCCGCAAAAAAGUGCUAGCUUCGAUCAGCUUUUCCUAGGACUUCCCAACGAAUUACAGAUUCAAAUCAUUUCUGCCCUCCCACUAACCGACGUCCUGAACCUCCGACUUGCCUCCAAAUCGUGGCAUACUCUCGUCACUUUCAACGAAAAUACUAUCGCUCGAUAUCAUCUCGAACAUCAUAUUCCCGUUUACGCCUCCCGCCUCUACCCCAUCACAGACCCGAGCGAGAUCAACUUCCAACAUCUAUGCGGGAUAUGGCAUCGAUUACACAACGAGCGCAUGCGGCGACGCCUAAUACCUCUUCUAUUUACCAUAUUCCACUUCUUCGAGACGUACCGGAAAUUGUACCUAAAGCGUAUGGCUGAGAACGGAGGAAAAGGAUUGAGACGGGAACCUUAUACUUUGAACCCGAUUGAAGCCGAAAUCAUGAGUAUGUACGACGACCAAACCUUAUUAAGGGUUCACGAAGUCUUUCCCCUUGUAAUAUCAUCGUUCUGUCGGAGACUCCGACCACCGACAUAUGUUGGUAGAGUCGAGCGAUCACUUCGUGGCUAUAUUCGGGAGAAACCGUCCGACGACAUGCAUGUUGCCAUUUUGUGCAUUGGUGGACUGCGACAAGUGGAAAGGCUUUGGGAAAUCAAGGGAUACAACAGCAGGCGUGGUGCUGUUGACACAUGGUUUAAUGCUCUCACGAAAGAGGCGCCACCUACUGAACAGUCAACGUCGAAACCGAAACGAGGUCUUUUCGGACGCAAAAAGUCCACUAGUGAAGCUCGAUCGUCUGGUACUGCAUUGAACAAGGUCCGGAGUUCUGGCUCAAUAGAUGGGAACAUGGAUUGGGAAGCCAAUCUUGUCUUCAACACGAGUUUAUCUGCUGGGGCUCCCAUGUCACCUCUUACUUCGCAACAGGCUCAGGCAUUACUCAGCGACCUUCCCGUACUGCAACAAAUAUGGCUUACAACAGCUGAGGCCCUGAUCCUUCAGCGUCGGGUUGUCGAGCGUCCACAGGAUAUCAAACGCAACCAACAGGUCAUGCUGGAUUUGAUCAGUGAAGAUGGACUUGUAGAAGAGGACGAAUGGUGGUACGGCCGCAGCAUUCCCGAUUCUGUGCGGCCUCCCGUCGGUGUCACUGAUGACGAUGCGGAUUAA